AGGAAAAGAUAAAGGAGUAGCAGAGGAAGAAUUAGACUUUUACAUAAGAAAAACAAAAUGGGGUUGCUGGCAGGAAUGGGGGUUUUAGCGCCAUUUCCUUUCUACUGGUGGCUGUGGACGCAGCCGCAGACAUGGGUGAACCUGUGCGGGAAGGGGCGGGAUCCUUCCAAGGUGAUGGCGUACGUGUCCCACGCGCUGAAGCUGGUUCAGUUUGUUUCUCUCUUCUCUGUCUCUUCUCCUUCAUGGCCUCCACCGCUGUUCUUCUGGCCCCUCAUCGUCUUCGGCCAGUUCCUCAACUUCAGGGUAUACCAAUUGCUUGGAGAAUCCGGCACUUAUUAUGGUGUUCGAUUCGGAAAGAAGUUUCCUUGGGUGACAGAAUUUCCCUUUGGAUAUAUCAAAGAUCCUCAGUACGUAGGAAGUAUCAUGAGUCUUUUUGCAUGUCUAUCUUGGGUACCCUUUCAAUACAUUUUUCUGUGGACUCUGGGCUAUGGGUUUAUGAUAAAGGUGGAGUCAACAGAAAAUCCAGGUACACGAGCAAAACCAUUCACUUGAUAUCUGGAUAUUGCUUCUUACUGAUCUGCAACCUUGAACAACUUACCAUUCACAAAUUUUGUUAAAGAUGCUUCUUUCUAUAUAUUUCUUUAUAUAAGAUGUCAUCUUUAUGGUCAAAAUCUCUGACCUUGUCAAGAUUGCUAUCCAAUGUAGUUUUGCCUUUGAAUAAGUUGCCUGCCUGAUUAUUAGUCACUUGUUUUUUUCUGCAUGGUAACUGGAAUCACAAGGCCUUUCUUCUGUCUUCAUUUAAUUAAAAGAUCAUAUUAUCAAUGCCAGAGAAUGAUCUUGUAGUA